CAACAACAAAAAAGUAAACUUCAGGCAGUUGAAAUGAAAUACUUGAGACGAGAAAGGGGUAACCAAAAUGGACAAGAUAAGAAAUGAGACCAUAAGAACAAAGUUAGAGACAGAAUCUAUACUAGAACACAUAGAAAUGAAGCAGCCGAUAUGGUGGGGAGAACAUACCGGUGAAACAAGUUUGGGAGAGUAAGGUGCUAGGAAAAAGGAGAAGGGGCAGGCCACAAAGAACAUGGGGGAAUACUAUAGAACAGAUAUUGGUGAAAAGAGGAACGGAUUGGAGAGAAGCUAAGAAACUUGCUUUAAA